GACGCCCCGGCCCGCCCCGCUCCUCCUCCUGCCUGGCCAGCCUGCCUCCCAUUUGGGAAGUUUUGUGGGUUUUCUUCCUCCUCCUCCAACCCCGGCGGAGGCCACGACUCAGGCGCCACAGCCGGGGGCGGGCUCCCUGCCUGGAGGCCGCGGACCAUGGUGCAGGGCAGCCACCGCUGAAGUCAGCAAAACCGAGCCUGGCCUGAAGCAGGCCCGGGGGGAGGCCAAGGCCAUGGCCAUUGCCACGUCGGCCCAGCUGGCCCGGGCCCUAUAUGACAACACCGCUGAGUCCCCCCAGGAGCUGUCCUUCCGCCGAGGGGAUGUCCUUCGGGUUCUGCAGAGGGAGGGCGCUGGCGGGCUGGAUGGCUGGUGCCUCUGCUCGCUGCAUGGGCAGCAGGGCAUCGUGCCUGCCAACAGAGUGAAGCUCCUUCCUGCUGGCCCAGCACCCAAGCCCAGCCUCUCACCACAUCCAGCCCCAGAGCACAACAAUGAGGACCAGGAGGUGUAUGUGGUGCCUCCCCCAGCUCGGCCCUGUCCUGCCUCAGGGCCUCCAGCCGGACCCUGCCCACCCUCCCCUGACCCCAUCUACAAGGUCCCCAGAGGCAGUGGGACCCAACUGGCUGCCCCUGGAGAUGCCUUGGAGGUCUACGACGUGCCGCCUGCUGCUCUCCGGGUUCCCUCCAGUGACACCUAUGACUCCCCCACCUCCUUCUCCCGCCCUCGGGUAGCACUACAGCCCCCUGGAGAGGAGGAAGCUCCCUACGACGUACCUCUGGCCCCAAAACCACCUAUAGAGCCAGAGCUGGAUUUGGAGUGGGAAGGGGGCCGAGAACCAGGGCCCCCGCUCUACGCUGCCCCUUCCAAUCUGAAACGGGCAUCGGCCCUCCUCAACCUGUACGAGGCACCUGAGGAACUGCUGGCAGAUGGGGAGGACGAGAGCACUGACGAGGGCAUCUAUGAUGUGCCCCUGCUGGGGCCAGAGGCACCCCCUUCUCCAGAGCCCCCAAGAGGCUCAGCCACCAAUGACCUAGACAGCCUGGCCCAGCUUCUGGCCAGAAGCCCUCCAGCCCCGCACAGGCCCCGGCUGCCCUCAGCUGAGAGCCUGUCCCGCCGCCCUCUGCCUGCCCUGCCUGUCCCUGAGGCCCCCAGCCCCUCUCCGGCUCCCUCUCCUGCCCCAGGCCGGAAGGGCAGCAUCCAGGACCGGCCUCUGCCCCCACCCCCACCCCGCCUGCCUGGCUAUGGGGGCCCCAAGGUCGAGGAGGCCUCAGAGGGCAGAGAGGUGGAGGACGAUCCAGCAGGACACAACGAGUAUGAGGGCAUCCCGAUGGCCGAGGAGUACGACUAUGUCCAUCUGAAGGGCGUGGAGAAAGCUCAGGGAGCUAGGCCUCUGGAAAAGGCCUUCGAGGCCCUGUCCCCAGAGGAGCCGCUGGUUCUGUCCUCCGGAGAUCUGCAGCUCCUACACUUCUACGCCGGACAGUGCCAGAGCCACUACUCAGCGCUGGAGACGGCCAUGGCGGCCUUGAUGUCCAGCACGCAAACCAACCAGCCCCCUCACCUCUUCGUGCCCCAUGGCAAGAAGGUGGUGGUGGCUGCUCACCGCCUGGUGUUUGUCGGGGACACCCUGGGCCGGCUGGCAGCCUCAGCCCCUCUGCGAGCACGGGUAGGGGCUGCAAGUACAGCACUGGGCCAAGCACUGCGGGCCACUGUGCUGGCUGUCAAGGGGGCCGCCCUGGGCUACCCAUCGGGCCCAGUGGCCCAAGAGAUGGCACAGUGUGUGGCAGAACUGGCGGGGCAGGCCCUGCAGUUCACCACCUUACUCACCAGCCUGGCCCCCUGAGGGUCCCUUGGCAAGGCUCAGCGCCUCCUCCACAGGAGCCCCUGCAGGCCUUGAGUGGUCGGAGGGCUCUGUUACAGGAACUAGGGGGCGGAGCUGUCUUCCCCUUUCCAGCCCCUUCUGGACAUCUCAGCCUCUCACAGAGGCAUCUCCUCCUCCCAACCCGCAGCUUUUUGUACGAGCCAUUUUGUAUAAAUUAUUUAUAUUUAAUAUUAUUCUGGGCUUUAUCAGAGACAGUUACCAAUCCCUCAGGGCCAGGGAGGAACUGGACUCUCCUCCUCUCCUUAGCCUGGGGUGGAGGUCCCUGCACUGCCACUCCCCUCUGGAAGUUUGGCCACACAAAGAACCAGGUGGCAUUGCCCUGGGGCCACACAGAGCCUCCCUCUUUUCCUGUCUGGGCAUCGUGAACACUAGCACCUCACUGAUGGCCGAGAGUGAGAGCAGGACAUUGACUACCCAUACUGCGAAGGGCUAGGAGAGACCAGAGGAUUCCUCCUGCAGAAGGCCAGGAGCCAGGCCUCAGGCAUGGGCAUGCACCUCAAUAAACCCUGCUGUCUGGUUCCCCGACUCUGCUUCUUGGGAGCCUGGGAGGGUGGGGAAGGCCUGGCAUGUGGGACACAUAUUGUGAGCAGGGUUUUGAGAAAUGUUUGCUCCUUUAUUUAUUCUCUGGGCACGUCUGUUCUCAUGAUGCACCAGGCACAGUUCUGAAGGUACAUCAUGUGAACCAUCCUAGUUAGGGUCGGAUAUAGUCACAAACAAUUCCUUUAAAGUAAGUUU